GGAGAAUCAUCUGAAGAAAAACAGAGCAGAGAUGGGGAGAACAGUUGUUUUGCUCAGUCUUUUGAUAACAUUCAACCUCUUGAUGGUAUCUGAAUCUUAUGUGGAAGAUCAUGAUGAUGAUGAUGAUGCUUUUUCUGAAGAGCUGACUGGUAGAGAGUUUUUCAACAGCAUUAAUGAAGCCAAGCAGAAGGUGGAUCUGGCAUUUAAAUUAUCCCGGGAAAGAAUAAAAGAAAGUUUGAACAAGGAUGAUCUCAACCCUUCUGAUUUUCUGAAAUAUUUAAAAGCACCCGUGGCAGGAACCAGGACUGCAAUCCGAGCUGCAAGUUAUAUGGAAACUGCUUUGGAUAUUUUAGAGAAGAAAAUACAAAAUAAGCACCUGAGACCAUUCAAUAUUACAGACAUAUUAAACAGACAGCAGAAAGAGACACUCUUCAGAACAACUGGUUGCAAUUAUGUGACGCGGCCAAUCCGUUGUCCACUGAACAGUCCUUACCGCACCAUCACUGGCGAAUGCAACAAUAGAGAGCACCCACAUUUUGGAGUAGCCAAUCAUGCCUAUGCACGCUGGCUUCCAGCAGAAUAUGAAGAUGGCAUAUCCCUUCCAAGAGGACUGAUUGGGGGGCAACUUUAUCAUGGACAUCCUCUCCCUCUGGUACGGCAAGUGUCUAAUGAGAUCAUCACAACUUCCAACGAGGAUGUGACAGCUGAUGACCAACGCUCUCUUGCAUUCAUGCAUUUUGGGCAAUGGAUUGACCAUGACUUGGAUUUAGCUCCUGAAAGCUCAACCAACAUGGAUAAUGGGAAUGGCCACUGUGAAUCUUGUUGCAAUUAUGCACCUCCUUACUUUCCAAUUAAGAUCCCCCCUGGAGAUCCACGGAUUAAGACUCCGGGCAUCUGCCUGCCGUUCAUUAGGACAGCUCCAGCGUGCAACCCCAGAACAUUUGUCCGUGAGCAGCUCAAUUCAAUCACCUCAUUCAUAGAUGCCAGUAGUGUGUACGGGAGUGAAGAGUCUCUAGCAAGAAGUUUGAGGAACCAAAGCAACUCACUUGGUCUCAUGGCAAUCAAUCAGAACUUCAGCGAUGCCGGGUUGGCCCUUCUGCCUUUUGAGAUAAAUUCCAAUAGCCUCUGUCUUCAUACAAAUAAAACUGCCAAAAUCCCAUGUUUUAAAGCAGGAGAUGCAAGGGUCGAUGAAAACCUGGGACUGACAGCUAUUCACACCCUCUUUCUUCGGGAGCACAACCGGAUAGCCGGGGAACUGAAGAAGUUGAAUCCCCAUUGGAAUGGAGAGAAACUCUAUCAAGAAACGCGGAAGAUUAUUGGUGCUCUCAAUCAGAUAUUCACAUACAGAGAUUACCUACCUCUGCUGCUGGGCAAUGAUUUCUAUAAACGGCUACCUGUAUACAGAGGCUACAAUAAGAAUGUGGACCCCUCCAUUUCAAACGUUUUCUCCUUGGCCUUCCGAUUUGGGCAUGGGUCUGUCCCACCCUUUGUACCCCGCCUGGAUGAGAAAUUCCAGAACUCGCUUCCCUAUUCCAGGACCCCACUUCAUCUCACUUUUAUGGCUCCAUGGAGGAUUGUGGCGGAAGGUGGCAUUGAUCCCCUUGUCCGUGGCUUCAUGAUAGACCAUUCCAAGCUGAUGAGGCAGGACCAGAUGAUGGUUGAGGAGCUUCAAGAACGGCUCUUUGCACAAUUGGAACAUAUUGGUCUUGAUCUAUCAGCUCUGAACCUGCAGAGGGGACGAGACCAUGGUUUGCCAGGGUACAAUGCCUGGAGACGUUUUUGUGGCCUUUCUGCUCCAAGCAACGAAGCCCAGCUUGCUGCAGUCCUUCGCAAUCGUAAACUGGCAAAGCAGUUCAUCAACCUUUAUGGGACACCUGAAAAUAUUGACAUCUGGAUCGGAGCCAUGGCUGAGCCCUUCGUCCCAAACGGGAGGGUGGGACCUCUCAUGGCCUGUCUCAUCGGAACUCAGUUUAGAAAACUCCGAGAUGGAGACAGAUAUUGGUGGGAGAACCGUGAAGUUUUUACCUCAUGGCAGCGCCGUGCUCUGAGAAGUGAGUCAUUUUCCCGUGUCAUUUGCGACAACACACACAUCAAAGAAGUGUCCAGAGACAUUUUCAGAAUGAACCGCUAUCCAAGAGAUUUUGUGAGCUGCUGUGACAUCAAGAGUCUGGAUUUGUCAGCUUGGAAAGAUUAGAAUCAAAAUCAGAGCAGAAGGAUGAGACAGGAAGUGUGGGACAGGACCUUAAAUCUGCAUGGAGAACCUGGAACCUGAGGAACUUAUAGCCCCUUUCGCUCAUUACUCUAAAACAUGAAACAGAAUGGCGCUAACCAGCUUCUUCUGUCAAGGACAGUUCAUUUUAAUAAACCAGACACUGGGAAUCAAAUAAAAUUGGGCAAUUAACAAACUAUAUAAGUAAAUACAUAAGGAAGUUGUGGUCUCCCUGCACAGUAUUGCAUAUUUGUCAGAAUCCUGAUUCACUUCCCCAACUACCACAUUUUCCUGAAGUGAAAAGCAUUUGGAUCAGUUGUACAGAGUAUUUCCAGAUGGGAGCAUUCAUUGGGGGGGGGGGAGGCAGGGGGGAGGGGGAGAUCAGGAUAACCAUGCAGCCAAAGCCCUGAAUCUUUUUUUAAUACAUCAAAUGUGUAAA